AUGUUAAUAAAUUUUUUUUUAAUAUUAUUGAGAUAUUUAAUUUUAUUAAUUAAUGUUUUAAUUGGUGUAGCUUUUUUAACUUUAUAUGAACGAAAAGUUCUUGGGUAUGUGCAAGAACGUAAAGGUCCUAAUAAAAUAGGUUUUUUAGGAAUUCUUCAACCAUUUAAUGAUGCAAUUAAAUUAUUUUCUAAGGAGUAUCUUUUAAGAUAUAAUUUUAAUUAUUAUAUUUAUUUGAUUUCUCCUAUAUUUAUAUUAAUAUUAAGUUUAUUUAUUUGAGUUUUGAUACCAUUUAUAUUUAAUAUUUGAGAGUUAAAUUUAGGGGUUUUAUUUUUAUUAAGAAUUUUAAGUAUUAGAGUUUAUUUUACUAUAUAUUCGGGGUGAUCUUCGAAUUCAGUUUACUCAUUGUUGGGGUCUUUACGUUCUGUUGCUCAGACUAUUUCUUAUGAAGUAAGGCUAGCAAUAAUUUUAAUUAUUUUUAUUUUUUUAAUUGAUAGUUUUAAUUUUUAUGAUUUAAUAAUUUAUCAAUUUAAUUUACCUAUAUUAUUAUAUUUAAUUCCUUUAUUUUUUAUAUUUAUAGUAAGUUCAAUUGCUGAAUUAAAUCGGUCUCCAUUUGAUUUUGUUGAAGGAGAAUCUGAAUUAGUUUCGGGAUUUAAUAUUGAAUAUGCAAGAGGAAUGUUUGCUUUUUUAUUUUUAGCUGAGUAUUCUAUAAUUUUAUUUUUUAGAAUAAUAUGAAUAUUGAUAUUUAUGGGGGUUUUAUGAUUUAAUAUUUGUUCUUAUUUAUUUAUUAUAUUAUCUUUUAGAUUAAUUAUUUUAAUUCGUGGGACAUACCCACGGUUUCGAUAUGAUAUGUUAAUAGGAUUAGCAUGAAAAAAAUUUCUUCCUUUUAUUUUAACUUAUUUAAUUUUUAUUUUAGGAGUAAAAUUUUUAAUUUAUGUAAUUAUUUUUUAA